AUGGCAACUGCAACGGCCACGAAAACUUCCUGGGCAGACGAUGUCGAUGAGCUCGAGCAGCCUCCUAAGGGUGAAGAUUAUGUUGAUGAGAAUGGCAUCCGGAUUACGGUUGAGUAUACGAUCAACGAUGAAGGCAAGAAGGUGAAGAUCACGAAAAAGACAAAGAGAACGCUUCAAAAGGCCGUCGUCGACCACAGCGUUGCGGAGCGUAAGACAUGGUCGAAAUUUGGACAGGAAAAGGGCAACAAGCCUGGUCCUGAUCGAGCAACGACGACGGUCGGCGAGAAUGUCGUACUUAAGCUCAGUGCUGGAAACAAGUCGUCAGAACCUGAGCAGUCUGCCGAGCAGGCGAUCAAGAGCAACCUUGCCCGCGCAGGUGCUGGCAAGGUCGUGUGUCGAUUGUGCAAGGGCGAUCACUUCACUGCAAAGUGUCCAUACAAGGACCAACUUCCUGGGCUGGAUGGCGCAGAUACCCCUCCAUUCGGCGGCGGCGACGACACUGGCGCCCCUGCGGAGCCUGCUGCUGCCCCGACCACCGGUGGCAAGUACGUCCCGCCGUCCAUGCGUGGUGCGCGGGGCCCUGGCGAGUCAAUGUCACGGCCAGGGGGCAAUCGCGACGACCUUCCAACCUUGCGUGUCACCAACAUUUCUGAGGAUACGCAGGAGAACGAUCUGCGUGACCUCUUCGCCCGAUUCGGCCGCGUGGCGAGGGUAUAUGUCGGUCGCGACCGCGAGACGGGUGCAGGCAAGGGCUUUGCGUUCGUCAGCUUCGAGGAGCGAGCGCAUGCGCAGAAGGCGAUGGAGAAGAUGCAUGGUUUUGGUUACGACAACCUCAUCCUGAAUGUCCAGUGGUCACAGCCAAGGGAACAGAGAUAA